GGUGCUGCGCUGAACCACAACGUCAUCAGCUUCAGUGUGGCAAUCAAGCGUUGUUCGCAGAUCCUCCUCUACAAGGCCCACCUGUGUGUACAGGAACUGAACAGUGCACAGGAGGCGGUUGCUGCAGAACUGGAACGCCUGAGCGAGUCCUCGGAUGCGUGUAUAGCCGUACGUUGUGCUGUGGUGCAGUAUUUUUCUUAA